AUGGCGACACAUACGGCCCAAGCCGACUCAAAAGAGUCCAUUGGCGCGGACACCACCCAAAACGGCAAAAAGCCGAACCCCGCCUCCUCAACCAGCGCCAGCGCCAGCGCCAGCAACGCCGCCGGUAGUACGAAUCCCGGCGCAAGUCCCGGCGCCGGGUCUAGUAACACGACCAGCCCUUCGCCGAAAUCAGCUGGUGGUUAUUAUGGUUACCUUUUCGAAAAGGACAAAACACCAACAAAGACCCUCGAAGCCUUGUUGCGUGCAAUCGCCAAGUAUAUCAUUGCAAAUAUCGGCGAUAAAAGAACGAAUUGUCUGACACCCGCUAAACUCGCUGCCUUUUACAGGGCUGUUGGGGGCGACUAUGACAGCCUGUUCCAUGUUAUGCCACAUGCUUCCAUCUCCUACAUAUGGCAAGUCACCGGCUGUCAACAUUCACUCCAACCGAUCCCGGGCAACGAUUUCGACCCACCCUCCGUUCCCGCCCUGACCCUACGCGGUUUUGUGCGCUGGGAGUCGAUUGAAAUUCUCCUUGGCCCAGAGGAACAUGUGCCCUUCAUACAGUACGCCAUGAAGCACUGGAAGCUCAAGCACCCUGAUACCGGCGAACCCUUCCCUCCCGACCUUCCCAAAGAAGCCUUCCCCCUCAAGCCCGAUAACGAGGUGGACAGAUGGCACAAACAGUGCGCCGAGAAGUUACGUCAGGAGGCCACAAAGCCCGACACGGCCUCCUCCAAGCCAUCCGUCCCGGCCGACACCCCCCCGCCAGCUACAGAUCGAGAGGAACCCAAAGUCAAGGUGGCCUACGUGCAUGUGCGAAACCCCUAUCCGGAAUCCGCUCCCAGGACCCGCCCCGGACCACCCGAGUACGCCGCCCACACCGCCCGGCCAGUUCCUUUCAGUCACGGGGUAGGUCGCGUGCCUAUCCAACGCGUUCGCGUCCCGCCGUCUCCUGAACGCGAGCGAGGGCCGCACCGUCACGCCCACGGCAGCUCGUCGGACGAGCACAGCCGCAAUAAUCAACGCCGCCGCAGCUUUUCCGACUACCCAUCUCCACCGCCGGACAACUCGCAACCUGCCUUUCAGCCGCCGCCUCAACCGCCGCCCACACGGCCACCGGGGGAUCGUCGUCGACGCAGUCCGCCCCGUCACCGCUCCGGAACAGAUUCCCCCUCUGACUCGGAGCGUGAGGACAGCCCACGUCCAGUACCUCGCCGCCGUCCUUCCGCUCCUUCCGUUGGAGUCAGGCCUCCGCCAUCCAUUCGCCGCAUGGCGUCUCCUCCGUCAUCCCAGCCGCCUUCCGCGACACAUUCUCACAGGUCGGAUGGCAGGCCCGAUGAGUAUCGCAAGCGAGGUUUUCCCAUACCCGAGGUCAUUCGUGACAAGUUCGACAAGAUUGCAUCCGUUCUCCCCAACGCCAGGUCGCCUACCCGGAGUUCGUCUGGUCGCCGAAGUGAGCUGCCCCCGCGCCGUAGUCGUGAAUAUGCGAGCCAUCCAAGAGCCGGCCGUGCCUGGUCCGAGUUGGAUUCGGACGAAUCGGACGCCUCCACCACCAGUCUGGAGCGGCGAGUCCGCAAGGAGAUGGAGAUGCAGGAGAGGCGCAGGAGAGAGGAGAGAGAAAGGGCCAGGGCUGAACGCGAACGGGAACGGGACCGGGGGAGGGAGAGGGAACGGGUGCGGGAGAGAGAACGCGAGAAAGAGCGCGAAAGAGAGCGCGAAAGAGAUCGGCUGGAAGAGGAGCGAGAUAUGCGUAAACGUCGCGAGGUGCGGUACCUGGCGAGGCCGCAAUCAUCACGUCGUCGGACGAGCAGCCAUGCAGAUGUCGACCGGGCCAGGGAUUCCGUGUGGGAUUCCGAAGAACGAGAUUUUCGAGGCGAUAGGAAGAGUUGGAAAGAAAGGUCCACCAGUCCUGUGACGGGUGUCGGGGGAAGACGGUAUCCCGUCGAGCCGAUUUGGAGCUGA